ACUGAGGAGUGGCAGCAUUGCUGGAAAGCGGGACCAGCGAGACUGUCCUAGUUCAUCUGCCAAGUCAUGGCGUCUGCCAGCACGGGGACCAGAGUGUCCUGCGGGAGAGAUUUAAAUUGCGUGCCAGAGGUAGCCGACACUUUAGCAGCGGUCGCCAAACUUGGGUUUGACUUCGUUUGCAUGCCCCUGUUCCACCCGAGGUUCAGGAGGGAGUUUGAGGUGGAACCCGCUAAAUCUCGACCCGGUGCCCAUACACGGUCAGACCUGCUGCUGUGUGGAAGAGAUUGGAAUACUCUUGUUGUUGGGAAGCAAUCUCCAUGGAUUGACACAGAUUCAGAAAUUGAGACCGUACGCAGGAACUCGGAAGCUGCUCUGGCACAGGAGCUACACUUCUCUGCCUACUUGGGUCUGCCUGUCUUCAUGCUGCCACUGAAUGGGCCUCAUAAAGCCAACCUAGCACGUCUGCUGCUCAAUCACAUCCAGUCUGGACACCACACCACAAAUUUCUGGAUUCACGUUCCACUGAUGGCUCCUGAAGACAUGCGGGAAGACCUGAUUGAGAAUGAGCCGGCCACUUGUACUGAUGAGACAACUAUGGAUGAGAAGACUUGGAACUGGUGGCACUCAUUUCGAACACUUUGUGAUUACAACAAGAGGAUCUGUCUGGCGGUUGAAGUUGGAGCAGACAUGCCUUCAGAAACUGUGAUUGACAAGUGGCUCGGGGAACCCAUCAAAGCAGCCAUACUUCCUACCAGCAUCUUUUUAACCAACAAGAAGGGCUUCCCUGUUUUGUCAAAGGCGCAUCAGCGAAUAAUUGUCCGUCUUUUCAAGCUGGAGGCACAAUUCAUCUUUACAGGCACAAGUCGCCACACUGAGAAGGACUUCCGUUCCUACCUGCAAUAUCUGGAAUACCUCAGUCAGAACCGGCCAGCACCUAAUUCCUAUGAGCUUUUUGCUAAAGGUUAUGAAGACUACCUCCAGUCUCCGCUACAGCCCCUGAUGGAUAACCUGGAGUCCCAGACAUAUGAAGUGUUUGAAAAGGAUCCUAUUAAAUAUUCACAAUACCAACAGGCUGUGUAUAAAUGCCUGCUGGAUCGAGUCCCGGAAGAACAGAAAGACACCAAUGUUCAAGUAUUGAUGGUGUUGGGGGCAGGUCGGGGUCCCCUGGUCAACGCGUCGCUGCGUGCUGCCAGGCAGGCAGACAGAAAGCUGAAAGUGUACGCGGUUGAGAAAAAUCCCAACGCUAUCAUCACGCUAGAAAACUGGCGCUUUGAGGAGUGGGGCGAUCAGGUGUCCGUGGUGUCAUCUGACAUGCGAGACUGGGUCGCACCUGAGAAGGCGGACAUUAUUGUCAGCGAACUGCUUGGAUCGUUUGGUGAUAAUGAACUUUCCCCAGAGUGCUUGGACGGAGCGCAGCACUUUCUCAAAGAUGACGGUGUGAGCAUUCCCUGCUCCUACACGUCAUUCCUGGCCCCUCUCUCCUCCUCCAAGCUUUAUAACGAAGUCCGAGGCUGUCGGGAGCGCGACAAGGAUCCCGAGUGCCAUUUUGAAAUGCCAUAUGUAGUACGCCUCCACAACUUCCACCAGCUGGCUGACCCCAAACCAUGCUUCACUUUCACACACCCCACAAAAGAUAUGAACAAUAAUCGUUACCAGUGCCUCAAAUUCUCCGUGGGAUGUAACUCUGUACUCCAUGGCUUUGCCGGGUACUUUGAGACCACGCUCUACAAAGAUGUUACUCUCAGUAUAAAACCUGAUACGCAUUCACCCGGAAUGUUUUCUUGGUUCCCCAUUCUCUUCCCCCUCAAACAACCCAUCUCUGUGUCUCGGGAUGACUGUGUCACGGUGCGAUUCUGGCGCUGCAACAACGGGAAGAAGGUCUGGUACGAAUGGGCCGUGACCGAGCCAACCUGCUCGGCCAUUCACAACCCCGCAGGACGCUCGUACACCAUCGGACUGUAAACAUUCACACGCAGUCGUCCACACUCGUAUGUAAUUGUCUUCUGUUGGGAUGCGUGUACGCCUCAUUUUGUCAGCUCUACCAGGAGUCUGAUUAGGUGGAAGACAAUGCACUUGUUCAACUUCUUCAGUGACCUUGUUUUGUUGUCUUUUUUUUUUUUUCUUUGUACUGCUGCACCACAUACACAACACAUGCAAUCCAGCACACAGUAUGCCUUAUUGCACACAUUUCAUAAGAUUAUGAAUACACAACACAAGAAUACAGGACUUUGACAUUACUUACUAUGUUGUCCGGAGCUCCCUCGUCAUACCGUUAUUUUGUAUCUGUAUAAUCCAUGUCAAUAAAGAGUGUAAUGUUGUACUCUCUGCAGAUUUGGGAAUCAUGCAUUAUUAGCUGUUACACAACAGUCCGUGUGACAGCACUUCAUUUUAUUAUUGCCCCUGCUGCAUAUGUCUUCUCUCUCAACUGUGUCCACAUUCUGUCCUAGACAUUUAGAGAGCGGUUGCAUGGUGUCAUGUCAUGGAUCAUGCCCGCCUCAGCGGUGCUGUGCUUUCACAUCGCGGUCAGUCUCCUGUUUCCUUCUUUCUGUGGCACCGAGGCUUUAAUAGCUGCGUGCAUGAAGCAACAACAUAUGCUGAUGUUCAAAAUCUUUGCCAAACAGAAAUGAUGUUAUGUUACCCAGCAUGCCUUGCAGGCAAUUCAAUUUCUUUCUUCUAUUUGUUGGACCUUUCAACUAAAAAUUUCAUGUAUCAAGUAUUGGCAAUAUUGUCCCUUGUAUUCACUUGGUAUCUGAGUGAUACCAAAAUGUGCCCCGACUUGAAUGACAGAUGUCCCUAUGGAUGUCUGCGGUGUUUCCUGUUCGUUCAUUUAUUUGUGGCAGACUGCCACGAAUAGAUUUGGUGCUACCUGUUCGCCUUUGCUCAUAAACACAUUGUAAUAGGAUUGUCUGUGGGCUUGUCGUUCCAACUCCGAAACGUAGAUGGCAUCGUAACUCUGCUUUGUAACACACCUCAUACGAACCUGGUCUGCCAGAGAAGAAGAUGGAGCAGGAGGGAUCCGUGGUGCCAACUUAGCAACUUAGUCACUGUUUACAGAGUCGUCAGACCCUAAGAUUGUAGUUCUGUGGGAAAUUUUCCAACCCAUUUUUCAACUUCUCAGGGCUAUCAUUGCGUGCUGUAAAUGGAUAUGUCAUUUUAUGCUGUAUGGUUUGUUUGUA